AUGUCACCGAGUUCAACAGUCCUUGACAAUGGUGCUCAAAGCCCAAAUCUCAGCGACCUCGAGAAGCAAAGAGACCAAGAUGAAUCAAACUCUUCAUCGCAAAGCUCCGCCCUCAAAGGCCUCGGUUGGCUGGACAGAUUCUUGGCCCUCUGGAUCUUUCUCGCGAUGGCAAUUGGGAUUAUCCUCGGCAACUUUGUGGAACAGACGGGCCCAGCGCUACAGAAGGGAAAGUUUGUAGAGGUGUCGAUUCCAAUUGCAAUUGGAUUGCUUGUGAUGAUGUACCCCAUUCUUUGCAAGGUUCGAUUUGAAUCGUUGCAUCAUGUCUUCAGAGAGAGGGAAAUCUGGGUCCAAAUUGGGUUCAGUGUACUCGUGAAUUGGAUUAUUGCGCCGUUCCUGAUGCUUGGUCUAGCAUGGGCCUUCCUACCGGAUGAGCCUGAACUGCGAGAAGGCUUGAUCCUCGUCGGACUAGCCAGGUGCAUUGCAAUGGUCCUCGUCUGGACUAACCUCGCAGGAGGCGACAACGAAUACUGCGCCAUCCUCGUCGCCAUAAACUCCCUCCUCCAAAUCGUCCUCUUCGCCCCCCUAGCAGUCCUCUUCAUCAGCAUCAUCGGUGACCCCCCCACCACUCGAGACGUGACCUUCUCCUAUUCCACCGCCGCAAAAAGCGUCGCCGUCUUCCUGGGCAUUCCCCUCGGCGCCGCCCUCCUCACUCGCAUCGUCCUUCGGAAACUGACCAGUCCCCGCUGGUACGACCAAGUAUUUGUGAAGUUCAUCAGUCCGUUAUCACUGAUUGGGCUAUUAUUCACGAUCCUGGUUCUGUUUGCGUCGCAGGGCCGUCAGGUCGUUCAUCAGAUUGUUUCGGUGGUGCGUGUUGCUGCGCCAUUGAUUGUUUACUUUUGUGUUAUCUUCUUUGCGACGCUUUAUGUGGCGUGGAAGUUUGGGUUUGGAUAUAAACUGGCUGCGACGCAAAGCUUUACGGCGGCGAGUAAUAACUUUGAGUUGGCGAUCGCGGUGGCGGUUGCGACGUUUGGAGCUGAUAGUAACCAGGCGCUGGCUUCGACGGUGGGACCGUUGAUUGAAGUUCCUGUUUUGUUGGGACUGGUUUGGGUUGCAAAAAUGAUUGGCAGACGGAUGGAUUGGACUCCCUAG